UCCCUGGUUUUCAAUUAGCCCUCGAUGGGUGGAGUAAUGCAAUCAGGAGUAACUACGCCUCAACCGGAGCCUCCUCUCUCAGUCUGCCCAGACUCCGCACAGGCAAACACUCCUCAAACAGGAAGGUUAAGAGGCUCUCUGUGAAAAUGACUGAGCGAUACGACUGCCACUACUGCAAAGAGUCCCUUUUUGGGAAGAAGUAUGUGCUGAGAGAGGAAAAUCCCUAUUGUGUGAAAUGUUAUGAGAGCCUGUACUCCAACACCUGUGAGGAGUGCAAGAAGCCUAUUGGAUGUAACACCAGGGAUCUGUCUUACAAGGACCGUCACUGGCACGAGGAGUGCUUCAUGUGCUUCCAGUGCAAGCGGUCGCUUGUGGACAAGCCCUUCUCUACCAAGGACGAAAAGCUCCUCUGCACCGAGUGCUACUCCAAUGAGUAUUCCUCCAAGUGCCACGAAUGCAAGAAAACCAUCAUGCCAGGCUCCAGGAAGAUGGAGCAUAAGGGGAACAGCUGGCACGAGACAUGUUUCACCUGCCAGAGAUGUCAGCAGCCUAUUGGCACCAAGAGCUUCAUCCCGAAGGACAACAGCAACUUCUGUGUGCCCUGCUAUGAGAAGCAGUUUGCCAUGCAGUGUGUGCACUGCAAGAAGCCCAUCACCACUGGUGGGGUGACCUACCGUGACCAGCCCUGGCACAAGGACUGCUUCCUGUGCACCAGCUGCAAGCAGCAGCUGUCUGGCCAGAGGUUUACCUCCAGAGACGACUUUGCCUACUGUCUCAACUGCUUCUGCAACCUUUAUGCCAAGAAGUGUGCCUCCUGCACCACCCCCAUUAGCGGCCUUGGAGGCAGCAAGUACAUUUCCUUUGAGGAGCGCCAGUGGCACAAUGACUGCUUCAACUGUAAGAAGUGCGCCGUGUCCCUGGUUGGCCGUGGCUUCCUCACCGAACGGGAUGACAUCCUCUGCCCGGAGUGCGGCAAGGACAUCUAAUUCCGUCGGAAGGACAGCGGAUACAUCUGAUUGGAGGAUUAUGUUACAGUAGAGGGAUGACAAAGAUGCAAUAAAUACACCUAACACACAACAUAGCAUCUUUACGACCUAGCAUUACUAUGAAUGUACAUUGUUGUAUGCCAAGUAAUAAAAACUACUAACAGUAUUAUAUACAUUUUAAUAGAUUGAGAGAAAAGAAAUCUCUAAGAAAAAGUUAUCACUAAUAAAAUAACAUUAAUGUAAAGACUUAUGCGACAGAAAUAUGGUUGCAAAUAGAUACUGUAUGAAGCGUUUUGAAAUAUUUAGUGUAGACUAUCCACUUUGUAGUGUAAUAAUUGUUGCUUUGCCCACAGACGAGCGUGAUGCCAUAAUUAGUAGAGGUUUCGUGAAUGAGGUUCUUGUAUUAGCAAUUAAAUACAUUCAUCAAGUGUC